GAGAUGUUUCAAGGAGACGCUGCUGCAUUCUCAUCGUCAUCUUCAUCAUCUUGCUCCACUUCAACGUUCACUUCGUCUUGUAGUUUUGUAUUUGAUACAGACACGCAGCGGUCAUCGUCAUUUCAGACAAGUUCAAUGAGGAUGAGUGAUCCUUUUGGAUUUGACCCCAGAGCUCAUCAUACCUUCUCUUUAGGGGUUGACCAUCAGCAGGAUUUCAAGAAAGGGAAGAACAAUGGCGGAAGGAGGAACAACAGAAGGAAGAACAAUGUUCCAUCGGCUGGUCACGAGACGUCGUCGAACAACUAUGGAGUCCCCACCUCAUAGGCAGACACUUCAC